GGAGAGACACCCCGGAGUCUACGAUGCUCCCGCUGGAGGGCUGGGAAGGAGGGUUCAAGGGAGGUGCUCUCUGCACCCGCCCGCCGCAAAGCUCUUCUGCCCCCGGACCACCGAGCACCCCCUCGGAGGAGGGCGCCGGCCUGCGAGCUGGGGGGGCUGCGUGUCUCCCCCGACCCGCCCCCGCACCUCCUAAGCAGGUUGCAGCCGCCUCAGCAGCCGCAGCGCUUUCACCUGCGCAGCCCUGCGCCGCGCCGCCAUUGGCUCGCUAAAAAUGCCUCGCUAAUCUGCGCCCAUCUGUGCGCGCCUCCUCCCUCCGCCUCCUCCUCCUCCUCGGCUCUGACCUUCCUCCUUAGCGCAGCCCCUGCGAGAUCUGGAGGGACGCGGUGGCGGCGACGGCGGCGCAGCCUCUCUUACCCCGGGAAGUCGUCCGGGCUUGAGGCCGGGCCCCCAACGCGCCGUUUGGCCCCGCGGCGCCGCGGAUGGUGCCGGGCGCGCCUGCCCCCAGCACAUGAGCAGCCAGCCUGCUGACCGCCACUCCACACCUGUCCACCCCGCAACGGCCACACCAUGUCUGGCUCCUACGAUGAGGCCUCGCUCGCUCCAGAGGAGACCACCGACAGCUUCUGGGAGGUGGGGAACUACAAGCGGACGGUGAAGCGCAUCGAUGACGGGCACCGGCUGUGCAACGACCUGAUGAACUGCGUGCAGGAGCGCGCCAAGAUCGAGAAGGCGUAUGCGCAGCAGCUCACCGACUGGGCCAAGCGCUGGCGCCAGCUCAUCGAGAAAGGCCCACAGUAUGGCAGCCUGGAACGGGCCUGGGGUGCCAUGAUGACGGAGGCGGACAAGGUGAGCGAACUGCACCAGGAGGUGAAGAACAGCCUGCUGAACGAGGACCUGGAGAAGGUCAAGAACUGGCAGAAGGAUGCCUAUCACAAGCAGAUCAUGGGCGGCUUCAAGGAGAGCAAGGAGGCUGAAGACGGCUUCCGCAAGGCCCAGAAGCCCUGGGCCAAGAAGAUGAAGGAGCUAGAGGCAGCCAAGAAGGCCUACCAUCUGGCCUGCAAAGAGGAGAAGCUGGCCAUGACCCGGGAGAUGAAUAGCAAGACGGAGCAGUCGGUGACACCUGAGCAGCAGAAGAAGCUGCAGGACAAAGUGGACAAGUGCAAGCAGGAUGUGCAGAAGACACAGGAGAAGUAUGAGAAGGUGCUGGAUGACGUGGGCAAGACCACACCCCAGUACAUGGAGGGCAUGGAGCAGGUGUUUGAACAGUGCCAGCAAUUUGAGGAAAGGAGGCUGGUCUUCCUCAAGGAGGUGCUGCUAGACAUCAAACGUCACCUCAACCUAGCUGAGAAUAGCAGCUAUGUUCAAGUGUACCGGGAGCUGGAGCAGGCCAUCCGGGGGGCCGACGCCCAGGACGACCUCAGAUGGUUCCGCAGCACCAGCGGCCCUGGCAUGCCCAUGAAUUGGCCCCAGUUUGAGGAGUGGAACCCAGACCUCCCGCACACCACCACCAAGAAGGAGAAACAGCCCAAGAAGGCAGAGGGGGUAGUGCUGACCAAUGCUGCUGGGAUGGUGGAGUCCACAUCCCAGGCUGGGGACCGUGGCAGUGUUAGCAGCUACGACAGGGGCCAGACUUACGCCACUGAGUGGUCGGACGACGAGAGCGGGAAUCCAUUUGGGGGAAAUGAAGCCAACGGGGGCUCCAACCCCUUCGAUGAAGACGCCAAGGGAGUGCGUGUGCGGGCGCUCUACGACUACGACGGCCAGGAGCAGGACGAGCUCAGCUUCAAGGCUGGAGAUGAGCUCACCAAGCUUGGCGAGGAGGACGAGCAGGGCUGGUGCCGCGGGCGGCUGGACAGCGGGCAGCUGGGCCUCUAUCCCGCCAACUACGUGGAGGCCAUCUAGCUACCCCGCUCCCCUCCACAUCACUCCCACUACUCACCCACCGCCUCCCCUCCCUGCCCACUCUUGUCCUCCUCCCCUCGCCAUAGAGUUCCAGACAUAUUUUCCAAUCAAGCUUUUAUUUUUUUAAAAGUCAAAACAGAACAAAACAAAAAAAUACUAAGAGACAGAGCAUUUGCCUGGAGGCCAGGGUGGUGGGACUUGGGGUGAUGGCCCCAGGGUAGGUGAGGGUCUUAGGACUUAGCCCAACAGCGACAUCACAACAUCCUCUCUUCAGAUCCCACCAGAGAGUCUCCUGAGCCCAGAGGGGUGUCUCCUGGACCCUUUCACCCUGCCUCAGUCCCCCCAGCCUUCCCCUGCCCACCCCAGGCUGCCAGCACCUGCCUCCAUUUUCUGGGCCUGGUUUUAUGACCUCUGCCUCCAGCCCCACCCUGCUCCCCUCCCACCACCUCCCUAUUGUGAAAGACCUCCCCUGCAGACCCCCAAGAAGGGGGCCUCCUCUUUAGUCUUCCACUCUGCCUGGGGAGUACCCUUCUCCUAGCCUUGCGCCUCCGGACUGGUGGGGCUGGAGGAGGGAUAGUCACCCUCUUCUCCUAUAGAGCUUUCCAGGGGUCCCUAGACUCCCCAGGACAUGAAGAGGGGUGAGUUGGAGUUGGUGACAGUGUGACUGGGGUGUAGGAGGGUGAGUGAACGGGGAGCAGGCUCAGCGGAAGGACCAGGACCCUGCUGGGGCCCUUCUUUGCAGCUGUCAGUACUUCCCGCACAGGCUCUUCCUCAGACCCCCGCCCCUGCUCUUGUAAGGCCUUAGGCCGUGGGGAGGGGCCCCAAAGCCCAGCGCAAAGCCAACAACAGUAGCAGCCUCCUGGGGAGGAGGGCCUCUUGCCCUCCCUGCCUCCCUCCCUCCCUCCAUGUCCC